GUUGUAGAUAAUAUGGUUGAAUUGUUAGAGCCUAUGCUUAUCAUGACAAAAUUAUUGUUCUCAAGCUUAUAUCCAACUGUUUUUGAUGUCUGUUUAACUUUUUUGGGACUUUAUCAUCAUCUUAGUAAAUUUUUAGAUAAUGAAUUACAAACAAUAAAACGAUAUAUGAUAGCAGAUUCUAUUAGGUUUAAGCUAAAUGAAUAUUGGUUCAUAUUUGAAGAAUCAACUUCAAUUGCAACAAUUCUUAACCUUUCAUCUAAGCUUUUGACUUUUCCCACUGGUGAUAAAAAAGAUGCUGCCCUUACUAGUCUAAGAAAUACUAUAGCUCAUUAUAAUAUCCUAGCAACAACUAUAACUAACCCAAUCCUAAAUUGA